CCUCUCGUGGUUGACAGACUUCGGGUCCUUGCGGCUUCCGUAGCGGAAGACGCGCGUGGCCCGGUGCAUUGUGGGUAUUGUCCUGUGGCAUCAUGGCGGACGCGUUUGGAGACGGACUGUUCAGCGUGUUUGACGAUGAACAACAAACAAAUACCAGCAAAAAGACUCUUUUAUCAACAGGCUCUGACACCGGAACAUCGUCAAACAAACCUGACCCUGAAGGGGACGCUGGUCCUUCUGUCCGAGGGAAGCGCGGAGGAGACACUGACUGUGCAGAUGAAGAGCUGCUGGGGAAGAAACCACGACAUGAAACUGUUUCCUCCAGUGAACUCAAUCUGGCGGAACUUAUGCCCCAGGUGAAGGUGGAACAGGUGGACACAGUUGAAGGAUGCUCUCAUGAGGUUGCUAUUCCUACCAGUGAUGAAUACAAGCCUCUAAGCCCUAGAGUUGGAAAAGCUGCAAAGGAAUACCCCUUCAUACUUGACCCCUUCCAACGUGAAGCUAUUCUUUGCAUAGACAACAACCAGUCUGUCCUUGUGUCUGCUCAUACCUCUGCUGGAAAGACAGUCUGUGCUGAGUAUGCCAUCGCACUGGCACUUAGAGAAAAACAGAGGGUGAUUUUCACAAGUCCCAUCAAAGCCUUGUCCAAUCAGAAAUACAGAGAAAUGUAUGAAGAAUUUCAGGAUGUGGGUCUGAUGACUGGUGACGUCACAAUCAACCCCACUGCCUCCUGCCUCGUCAUGACAACAGAGAUUUUGAGAAGCAUGUUGUACAGGGGUUCUGAGAUUAUGAGGGAAGUUGCUUGGGUAGUCUUUGAUGAGAUCCACUACAUGAGAGAUUCAGAGCGUGGUGUUGUGUGGGAAGAAACCAUUAUUCUUCUACCAGACAAUGUGCAUUACGUGUUCCUGUCAGCCACAAUUCCCAAUGCCAGACAGUUUGCAGAAUGGAUUUGCUACUUACAUAAGCAGCCUUGCCAUGUAGUAUAUACAGAUUACCGUCCCACUCCACUGCAGCAUUAUAUCUUUCCAGCAGGAGGCGAUGGACUACACCUUGUAGUUGAUGAGAACGGUGAGUUUAGGGAAGAUAAUUUUAACACAGCAAUGCAGGUGCUGCGUGAUGCUGGAGAUUCAGGUGGCAGUGGUGGAGGAGGGAAGUGGGACCCCAGAGGACGUAAAGGAGGAACUAAAGGGCCAUCUAGUGUGUUCAAAAUAGUGAAAAUGAUCACGGAGAGAAACUUCCAGCCUGUCAUCAUUUUCAGUUUCAGCAAAAAAGAGUGUGAGGCUUAUGCUCUACAAGUAGGAAAGCUGGACUUUAAUAAAGAUGAGGAGAAACGUCUGGUAGAGGAAGUGUUUAACAAUGCAAUAGAUUGUCUCUCCGAUGAGGACAAGAAACUCCCUCAGGUGGAACAUGUGCUGCCCCUGUUGAAGAAAGGCAUUGGGAUCCAUCACGGUGGGCUGCUGCCUAUUCUCAAAGAGACUAUAGAGAUCCUGUUUUCUGAAGGUCUUCUCAAGGCCCUGUUUGCCACAGAAACGUUUGCUAUGGGCAUCAACAUGCCAGCUCGAACUGUGUUGUUCACCAGUGCGAGGAAAUAUGAUGGCAAAAGUCAUCGUUUUAUUACAUCAGGAGAAUAUAUCCAGAUGUCUGGUCGUGCGGGAAGAAGAGGAAUGGACGACAGAGGAAUUGUUAUAUUUAUGGUAGAUGAGAAGAUGAGUCCAGCUGUGGGCAAACAACUACUUAAGGGCUCAGCAGACCCUUUGAACAGUGCCUUCCACCUGACGUAUAACAUGGUUCUCAACCUGCUGCGUGUCGAGGAGAUCAACCCAGAGUACAUGCUGGAGAAGUCCUUCUACCAGUUCCAACACUACAGAGCUUUGCCCGGUGUCGUCGAAAAAAUGACGAAGCUGGAAGAGCAGUACCAUGCCAUUGACAUUCCCAAUGAGGAGAGUGUUGUCACGUACUUUAAGAUCAGACAACAGCUGGCUAAACUGGGCAAAGAAAUACAAGAGUUCGUCCACAAGCCUAAAUACUGCCUUCCCUUCUUACAGCCUGGUCGUCUUGUUAAAGUUAAAAGUGAAGAAGCUGAUUUUGGUUGGGGAGUUGUUGUUAACUUCUGCAAGAAAGCUAACACAAAGUCAACUGCAGAGUCAGAGCCUUUGUAUGUGGUGGAAGUUUUGCUGCACUGUAGUAAGGACAGCGUCAAAAAUGCUGCAACGGAGGCUGCUAAACCUGCUGCUCAGGGUGAGACCGGGGAGAUGCAGGUGGUGCCAGUGAUGCUUCAUCUUCUGACAUCCAUCAGCUCUGUCAGACUUUACAUCCCUAAAGACUUGAGGCCUUUUGACAACAGGCAACUUAUGCUCAAGUCCAUCCAGGAGGUCCAGAAGCGUUUCCCCGAUGGUGUUCCCCUACUUGAUCCAAUAGAUGACAUGGGCAUUAAAGACCCCGCUUUAAAGAAAGUGAUUCAGAAAGUGGAGGCUUUCGAGCAUCGCAUGUACUCCCACCCACUGCACAGUGACCCCAACCUGGAGUCCGUCUACUCCCUGUGUGAGAGAAAGGCUCUGAUUGCAGCAGAUGUUCGGACGGCCAAGCGAGAGUUGAAAAAGGCUCGUACUGUUCUGCAGAUGGACCAGCUCAAGUGCAGAAAGAGGGUCCUGAGACGACUUGGUUUUGCCAGUCCUUCUGAUGUCAUAGAGAUGAAGGGACGGGUCGCCUGUGAAAUUAGCAGUGCUGACGAGCUCCUUUUGACCGAGAUGGUGUUUAAUGGACUUUUCAAUGACUUAACCGUGGAACAAGCCACUGCACUGUUGUCCUGCUUCGUAUUUCAAGAAAAUGCCAGUGAGAUGCCCAAAUUAACAGAACAGCUGGCUGCCCCCCUGAGACAAAUGCAGGAGUGUGCAAAGCGUAUAGCUAAAGUGUCUGCUGAUGCAAAGCUAGAGGUGGAUGAGGAGACCUACAUGAACCAGUUCAAACCGCACCUGAUGGAUGUUGUGUACGCUUGGGCCAACGGGGCGACGUUUGCACAGAUCUGCAAAAUGACUGACGUUUUUGAGGGGAGCAUCAUUCGCUGCAUGCGCCGUUUGGAGGAGGUACUAAGACAAAUGUGCUCUGCUGCAAAAGCUAUUGGCAACACAGAACUGGAAAACAAAUUUGCAGAAGGGAUUACGAAGAUCAAACGAGACAUUGUCUUUGCUGCCAGUCUUUAUCUAUAAUGAGGCCAGGUCGACUUCUGAGUUCAAAAUCUUUGCUUCAGUACAGUAAAAUGCUUAG